AUGGCGGACCCGUUGACUGCAGCUGUCGCGAUAGGAUGGGGCAUGAAAGCCGCUGGGUGGAUCGCCUCCCCCGUCAUCUCCGAUCUGUUCAAGAAAGCAUCCUCGUAUCUUGGCUUUGAUGCAUCAGAGAAGCUGAUUGAGCUUGAGCCGAAGAUUUUAUUGCUGGAGCGGGUGAUGGGGGCGGUUGAAGGGAGUCCUUGCAGGCCUCGUUUGGAGGGGCUGUACAGUAAACUUAAAUCUGCUUUCUACGAAGCAGAGGAAAUCUUGGAUGAUGUUGAAUAUUAUCGUCUCGAGAAGAAGAUACAAGAUGACAGGCUCAAGUCAGAGGUCGCUGGGCCUUCACGUCGCUUGAAGGAGAUCUGGUCUGCCGUGGCAAAGAGCUCUCCACUAAAACAUCAGGAGAGUGGUAUGUCAAAAGUUAAGUUGAAAAAGAAGCUAGAAACAAUAGAAGAGAUCAUAAAUGAUACAUGCAAAGUUUUGGAACGGAUGAACUUGCAAAGCUUAAGUGGUGCAAACCAGAGCCAUUGUGUUGCUGCCAACUCACGAGGUAGCGUCACUACUUCGAGGCCUCUAUCAAAGAUAAUCGGACGAGAUGAAGAUUGUGAUAAGAUCGUAGCAAUGCUUCAUGAGAAGGAAGAACAUGGUCAGCCUGACACUAAUCGUGUUCCAUGUUACUCUGUUGUUGGCAUUCACGGCGUCGGCGGUUCUGGGAAAUCAACCCUUGCGCAACUUGUUUGUACCCGUGAGAAAAAGGAUGCUCAUUUUAAUCUUGUAAUGUGGGUUCAUGUUUCUCGGGAUUUUGCUGUGGAUGCCCUUUACAUGGAGAUGUUUGAGGCUGCUACAGGUACUUUAUGCCCUCAGUUGAGAAAUCGUGACACCUUACAAGAUAUGUUGGAGGAGAAACUGCGUGGAAAACAUUUUCUUUUGGUACUAGAUGAUGUUUGGUACAAUAUUAGAGAUGUGACGCGGUCUGAAAGUCUGCAACAGAUACUUUCGCCGCUGCAGGCUGGAGAGGCAGGAAGCAAGAUCCUGGUGACUAGUCGAACUAAAGAUGCAUUGUUAGCUCUGGGUGCCACGGAAAAGAGGUGUAUUCCCAUAUCAGCCCUAGAUAAAAAUAUUUUCUGCAAUUUGCUCAUGCAUUAUGCACUCCACGGCGUACCUGCUGAUGAUCAUACUCGUAGAAUAUUGGAAGACAUUGGUCAAGAGAUUGCAAAAAAACUGAAUGGGUCACCUCUAGCAGCCAGAAUAGUUGGAGGACAACUGCAUAUAAGGCAAAACGCCGAGUUCUGGAGAAGCGUUCGUGACCGGGACCUUUUGAACGAGACGAUGGGAGCUCUGUGGUGGAGCUACCAUCAUCUUCGUGAGCAGGUCAAGCGAUGCUUUGCUUUCUGCAGUAUAUUUCCUCGAAGACAUUGCUUGGAACGUCAUGAGUUAGUUCAGAUCUGGGCUGCAGAAGGGUUUGCCAGAUGCACUAGUGAAGGGGAGGAAAUGGAAGACGUAUGCUAUGAAUACUUUGAUGAUCUAGUGUCAGCCUCAUUUCUGCAACUUAAAGCAAAGGAAUGUCCUCUUGAGAGAGACUACUAUUUAAUUCAUGAUUUUUUGCAUGAUUUAGCGAAGAAGAUGUUUGAUGAAGAAUUGAUUACUAAGAAGAUAUGUCAAUUGUACAACAUACGCACUCUCAUAAUUGGUAGUCCAUAUAGUGAGGAAGCAGUUGGAGAGCAAGUCCUGAAGUGUCUGUUUAAGAGGCUGAGGAAGUUGCGUGUGCUUAUCAUAAGUGCCGGAGAUUUGAUGAAUAAUGAUGUCCCCUUAGAUGUGGCAGUCCCAUCAUGUAUUGGUCAAUUAUGGCACCUGAGGUAUCUUGCGUUUCGGCCUGCAUUUUAUGAGGCUAGAGGUCGGAGGAUUAUUUUACCGUCCACUUUUACAAAGCUAUUCCACAUGCAGACUCUAGAUUUUGGUUUUACUGAGAUGGUGGUGUUUUCCUCUUGUGAAGAUAUUUGUAGCCUCAUUAAUUUGCGGCAUGUAAUCUUCUCCGGAGUUGUGGAUCUUCGAAGCAUCGACAGGCUAAUGUCACUCCGAACGAUGCCGGCCUUCGAUGUAAGAAAGAGACAAGGGUACGAGUUAAGGCAACUGAGGGACCUAAACAAGCUUCGUGGCGAGCUGUGGAUCAUGGGCCUGGAAAAAGUCAGAAGCAAGGCAGAAGGUCUUGAGGCCAAUCUGGCCGGUAAGGAAGGGCUGAGUAUACUGAAACUGUCCUGGGGGUGGAGUGGUGAAGCGAGUCCAGAAGUUCAAGCAGAGGUACUAGAGGGUCUUUGCCCACCCAAGGAUCUUAAAUCACUGAUUAUCGAGGGUCACAGAGGUCCAAGGUAUCCAAGUUGGAUGCACAACGGUGGCCCAAAGAAGGUGAACCAUCUUGAGCUCAUGGACUGCAGCCUACAACCUGGUCCUGAACUUGGUGGGUUUUGCGCUCAUCUCCGUGAGCUCACGAUUUUUGGCUGCAGCUGGGACGCCUUGCCAGAUUACAUGGAGCACCUGACGUCAUUGCAGACGCUGCACAUCAUGUACUGCCGGAAUAUUCGUAUUCAGUCGCUUCCAACACUGCCUCAGUCUAUGAAGGACUUCAACCUCCGCACCGACAAUGAGGUGUUGCUGAGCUCGUGCAAAACAGUUGCAGAUCCAGAUUGGCAAAAGAUUAAGCACAUUACCUACGUAUCAAUAGGCAAUAACAUGGACACGGAACCAAGCGCGAUGAAAAUGGGAGUUGUACAAGACCGGAACGAAGCGCUGAAGAUUGCUGUUCGUCACUUGUUCCGAUCGGUUUGGUUACGUGGUCUUCUCAGUUCGACAUCAAACCAUGCACGGGGGUGACUCGUUCGAUCCUGUGACGUCCUACUGCGUCAAGUCGUAACCAUUGAACCUGUCUGAGUGAAGUGCUGCUCCAC